AAAACACGGAACGUUUCAAGUGAUUAAAGUUUGUUUUAUUGAAAAAAUGAAAGGCGUAGAAGAGUAUCAUCAUGCUCAUAUGCAAACAUUUUGUUGCUUACAGUAAUGUUGAGGUCACUAAUCCACAGGUUACGAUAUAGAAUUGUCUACACAAUUGUGCGAAGUUUGUCUACUCAAGAAACUGCAAAUGCUCUGAGACCAUUUUACUUCAUCGUCCACCCAGACUUGUUUGGACAGUUUCCAAGAGAAAGGAAUGUAAAUGAGGAAUCGCUAAAGAAAUUACAUGAAUAUUUGUCGUCACUCCAGAAGACGGGGUCUGCCAGGCCGACCAAUGUCUUAUUUUAUGUCCGUCCUCAAGACGAAUCCAAAGAUGAGUUAAAGAAAUCUCGUAACCUGAAGAGCGUCAAUAUAGCCUUGUCAUCUAGGAAUUUGAAAACAACAGUACAGAAUAUACUCUCUACCUGUGGAUUGCCGGUCGACUAUUUAAAAAGUAUUCCCGAGAAGGCAACCAAAACCGGAGCCCUUAAGCAACCAAUAAAAUGGCAUCCAAGUUUUUAUGCAGCAACUGGAAUAAAGAACCCCGAAGAGGCCACCCAUCAAGAGAUCAUCUUAACGUUCAGGUCGUGGCUUCGAAGGAAUAUUGACGAGUCGAGGUUGCGGACCACAGCUGUUAAAGAUAUCCAGGAUGACAUCAUCCGGAUCUGUGACAGCCUUACGUCGUCUAUCGGACUGGCAGACAUCCGGUGGGACAGUGUGUGGUGGAGUGCUCACUUCCGAGGCUGUCUCAAGGGUUUCUACAGAAUGUACAAGGAACAUCCAGACAGAAUUGGUGCUGUCCUGAGAGGUCGUACGCUGGUGUUUUCGAACAACUCUGGGGUCAGCCUUCAUGGAGAAAUCGUACUAAGUAUUGAAGAUGUUCCGACGCACUGGAUGAAACUCCUGAUGAAUGUUCGAGCGUAUGAUGCAGUUUUGGAAAGAUUGCCGUAUAUGGAAAAGAAAUUAUCCGAACUGCUGAAUGAUAUUCAGAUCGUGCGGCGAAAGCGACAUCACCACAUCAUGAUGGCCGAGGAGUACGAAUUGUUGCUUAAUAAAUUGUUGAACUCACUGCGGCGAUGUCAGGACAUCGCCAAAACGAACCUCUUUGAAGAAGAUUUGUCACACCUGGAGCUGGUGGUGGAAGGUGAGUCUGGCCCUUUAGCAUUGUCAUCAACAGGACAGUUCCUUGUUCCAGCAUCUAUACCUGGCUCUCUUGUGAUUGACUGCAUAGCUAAACACAAGGAUCAGGCACAUCUUAUUUUGAGAGAAAUUCUAGGCUCUCUCCAGAAUGAAGAAGUAGUUGUACAGAGGUGUUUGGAAGACUUACAGUUGUCAUCGCUGACGAAGGAUGAGAACAUUACUCCCCAGCAGAUGGUGCGGUGUUGUCAGAAGCUGUCGCAUGAGGCGUGGAUGUUCGAAGCGUGGCUGACAAACACUCGUCUCCGCGUCUCUCAUUAUUACUCAGUGAUGCAGGACGGCGAAAUCUGUAUUCCGUGGGACUGGGUCGGAGACACGAACUUGUAAUAUAUCAUCAUAUUGUGUGAUUAUCUUACAAGACAUCUCAGUCGUAUUGUUGUGAUUACACUGGCAUUUGUUUUUGUUGUUUUGUUUGUGGGUGGGGUUUUUUGAAGGACAAAUAAAACUUAAUUUUUAUGGAAAUAAUUUUAAUCAUUGCACGUUUUAUUCAUGUUCUGCAUGUACGUGUUAAAUUUAUUGCUUACCCCUGUAGAUUAUACUGGGAUUUGUAUUUUGUGGUUUUGUUUAUUUUGUAGUAUAAAUGAAAAAGUAAUUUGUGUGGAGUGAAAUCGAUUAGUGUUUUUCAUAAAUAAUUUUCUCUAUAAUUCGUCAUUAAAAUGAAAUGUAAAAACUCUUUUUUAGUUUUUUAUGGUGACUUAAAAAAAAUUCCUAUUCCAUACAUUUUUUUUUUUAAAUGUAAAAAGGUAUUUUUGGUACGGUGGGGUGGAUAUCAAAAUCGUAAAAAUUUUAACUCUGUUCAGUACAUUGAUUUUGUUGCAAGCACUCAUUUAAUGAUUUUUGUCUCGUCAAGGGGAGGGAUUUAGCUCAGUUGGUUGAGGUGCUUGUGUCGCAGGAUCGAACCACCUCGGUGGAUCCAUUCAGCUGAUUGUUUUUUUCUCUCAUUCCAACCAGUGCACCACAACUUGACAAAGA